CACAUAUCCGCUCGCAUACUAAGAAAUAUAACACACCUCAAAGAUUAUUUCAACCUUUGUAUUCAGUGGUUAUGUUACAUGCACGAAGACUGUUACUUUGGCGUGCCAUUCUGCGCCACUCCUCUUCACACGGAACCCAGUGCACAGAAUAUCACAGCUCAUUUCACACAGGACGCAGGCUGCAGCAUUGAUGGGUAACUUUUUUUAAUUAAAGGAGUUGCUGCUUUGGUAAAAAGAUUAAUGUUAAAAAGUGUGAGUUAUAUACCGUGUAUAAAAAGCACCCGCUGCUGAACAAUGACUGGACUGUCAGUGCGAAUUAAAUUCCGCUUGAAGUACUUAUCUGAGCUGUACUGAUGAACAGACUGUGUGAGGAAAAGAGACCACCAACCGCUGCGUUGGUGGAGCUUCACGUUUUCUACGUCCCAGAAGAUCAAUGGAAUUCAAAGUUAAACAGAGUCCCGACAGAUGCUAUUGAUACCUUUAUUUCUGCUGGUUUUAUACGGGUCUGUCCUGAUCUGAGUUUAAGAACACUGCGAGGUCAGAUUGCUGAACUUCUGGGGGAAGAUGCAGCGACUGAAAAAUUUGCUUUUUUAAAAUAUGUGGGUAGGAGUUUGGCCUUGGUUAAAGCAAAACAAGAAAGAGAACUGAAAGUGAAGUCUUUUGCACCACCUUAUGCCCCUCAGCCAGAACUGUAUUUGCUGCCAGGAGUAGAGAAUGACAGGAGUGUUUAUUCAGUUUCACUCACACCUGACAGACAGAACUUUAACAGCGACGAUGCCAAGUCCUAUGGGUCUCCAAAGAGAACUAGCAGCUUGCCAACUGAGAAGAGACAGGCUUCCAGACUCCCCAGGAUUCACCACAGGGCUCCUCAAAAACCUCCCAUCAAGAACCUGGAAGACAGUGUGUCACUCAGCUGGGAAGAGGAAGAGGAGGAGCAGGAAGAAACCAGACCAUCUCAGGAUCACAGCUGGAAUAAAGAGACCGAUCACAGGAAGAGAACUCUGGAGCAGCAGCUCCCGCCAAUCAGAAAGAAAGCAGACAAACCCUCCGUCCCAAAUAAGCAGGCAAGAAAUCAGAAGAGCUUUAAGGAUACUCGGGUAUUGAGGAACAACACAAGGGAUUCAGGAGUCCCUGAGUCACUGGAGGAUCGAGACACUGAGUAUUUACAGAACCAAAGCAACAACAGGAAAAUUGAGGAAUCGGCUCCUUUGACACACAAUAACAAGAAACGAAUAAAUCAGUUACAGGUCAAAGAAAAUCCACUGCCAUUGCCCACUCCAGCUCAAUAUACCGCACCCCCUACUCCACCUCUCCUGGCCAUGACUUCACACAAGCCUAAGGUCCCAGUAUUUCUAACAGAUAGAGAUCAACUAAUUGAACAAAUGAAGUUAGCAAAGCAAGAAAGAAAACAACUUAAAAAGGCAAGACGGGAGCUGGUGAAAAAAGCUAAAGGACUGUUAGCACAAAACCACCAGAAGAGAAAGCAAGCACGGGAUGCCUGGAAAAAGAGGUAUUUCGAGACCAAGAAGGCGACAGCUCCCCUGGAGGACACACUGAAAACACUCCGGCAGGAACUGGAAACCUAUUACCAGAAACUCGUUCAGCAGCUGCAGGCUAGGGAUGGGAGAAAGAAGCAUAAACACCCCAUGAACACUUCAAACUCCAAGAAUGGCCUUGUUAUUCAAAUUACGACAGAGCAGCGUGAGAUCGAUGAGCUGAAAAGAAAAGUCGACGAUGCUAAAAUGAAGCUUGUGACAGAACUUAAGCUCAGAAAACAAGCAGCCACAGAACUGCGAGCCCUCCGAGCAGAGCUGACCCAAAAGAAAGCACAGUCUUCCUUAGCAAGUCCGCACCAGGGGUCUGCCCUACAGAACCUCCGAUACCAGGCAGGGCCACAGCGCACCCCAGCCUGAUCACUUACUGACUAUUACAAAUCAAAUCAAUACAUUUAAAGGUCAAGUUACUUGUUAAAUUAUUCUUUGUUAAUUACAAAUAGAUCGCUUGUUCAUAAUUUCCACAUUUUUAGUAUUAGGUUAAAAUAUUUCAUAUAUUGCAGUGGAUCCAAAAUGUUAACAUUUUGACUUUUUUUUUUUUUUUUACUGUAAACUAAGUUAACGUGAGGGAUCUAAAAAUAUCUAUUGUGCAAAUGCAUGACCCUAGGAAGCAUGGGUAUCUGUAAGUGUGAUGUUCAGGAAAAGACCAAUAGAAAUAAGGUCAAAAUAAAAAUCGCUCCAUUUGAAAGUGCUUUUAAUUAAUGGAUUUUAUUGAUGAUUUGGUAAAACAAAUCAUAACU